GGGACGGAGGGAGUACUAAAAUUUAAGCUCAAGCCUAAUUCAAAAAUCAAAUUAUUUUAAUUUUUGGUCAUCAUUUCCAGCAACACUGAUCAGAUUCAGUGUGGUCUAUUCUCAGGAAUAAACAUGGCGAUUAAGGCAUGGUUUACGGAAGAAAAUGAUCAAGAUAAAAGGCUUCCUCAUCAUUGCAACCCUCAAGAAUUUGUUUCCCCUCAUCAUUUAGCAGAUAUUGGAGUUCUUUAUUGGCAUUUGAACCCGAAGAAUUACGAGAAUGAUGAAGAAUUGCUCAAGAUCAGACAAGAUAGGGGCUAUAAUUACAUGGUGCUGGUUUUUUUCCAGGACAUGCUGGAUUUAUGCCCUGAGAAAGUGGAGAACUAUGAGCAGAAACUGAGGAAUUUCUAUACUGAGCAUAUUCAUGCUAAUGAAGAGAUACGUUAUUGUUUGAAAGGGAAUGGGUAUUUUGAUGUACGGGACAAGGAUGAUCGUUGGAUUCGAAUUUGGAUAAGGCCAGGUGAUCUCAUUAUACUGCCGGCAGGGAUUUACCACCGCUUCACUCUUGACACGUCUAACUAUAUUAAGUUGAUGAGGUUGUUCCUGGGAGAGCCGGUCUGGACUGCACAUAAUCGGCCACAAGAUAAUCAUCCUUCUCGACGAGAGUACAUCAAGAAUUUCACCAGUAAGGUUGGAGUUGGUUCCCCUCUUGAAGCUCACUGAGGCAGAACAUAAAUAUAGAGUCUCAGUACCUGACUGCGUCGAUUAUAUAAUAUAUCUUCUAUCAGUACUGUACUUUUCAAAUUUGAACGCACACUAUAUAUAAUCUGCUUACACCAAUUAAUCCCGGGACUAUGGGACUAGUGGUCACAUGUUUUGCUAGAGCUGUCAGAACAUAUUUCUGUAAGCAGCUAAGCUUAUGCCUUAUAAUGUUCAAAAUGGUUGUAAAAUGUAAAUGGUCUACGACCAGUUAGCAGUUU